CGUGGCGCACACACACUUGCCCAGAGAGGCGCCUUCAUAUUCCAGCUGGCAGCCCGGGCUCCUCAUACACAGCUGGCACCCUCAUGUGGCGACCGCUGCUGCUGCUGGGCCUCCUCCAGCCCAUCCUGGGCUAUCAGAUCGACUGGAACAAGUUGGACAGGAUCGCCAGGGGUAAAGUUGAGUCCUGUGGGGGAUGACAGCUGAACAGGCUGAAAGAGGUGAAGGCCUUUGUCACAGAUGACCUCCCUCUUUAUCAUAACCUUGAGAUGAAACACAUUCCUGGUGCGGACCCUGAACUUGUACUGAUUACAUCCAAAUAUGAAGAACUUGAGCGAAUCCCACUCCGUGACAUGAAGAGAAGUGAAAUUAUACAGCUGCUGAAAGACCUGGGGUUUUAUAGGAAAAGCAGCCCUGAUGCUCUAGUUCCUGCUGAGUUCAAGAUGGCACCUGCAAGGGCAUCAGGGGACAAAAAGGAAGACUUGUAGCAGCACUAUGGCAAUCAGAAAGGGAGGGCACUUUGCUACAUUACCACAGAUUAGGCCCCACAUCUUUCAAACACAUUAGCAAUCCUACAGGCAGGGGGUUAAUUCAGAAUCAAAAUCCAAAAUUGGAGCACUGAAACGGAUAUCCCAUGGCAAGUGCAUUACCUUAAGGGCUAUGGGCUGCAGGGUGUUUUUAUUGCUGCGUACUGUGGUUCAAAACACCAACUACUCACAAUGAAUUCCUUCUCAGUGACAUCAGUAGGUAGGACCCCGAGUAUCUCUGCACCCACUCUUACUGCAUGUCCUAGUUUGACCCAAAGUAAUUAAAACACCCUUAAAUCAUAGCCCUAAUCUAAUACAUUCCAAAUUAAAAGUGCCGCUUUUUGUUGAAAGGACUGCAAUGAUUAGAAUUCUUAUUGCAUAUAUGCCAUUAAAGUCUCAGGGUACUUUCUGCACACUGUCAUUGGUUGCUAUAUUCCCUCUCUCGGCAAACCUGCCCAUUAGUUGUUUCCCAGCCCAAUAUGUGAGCACUACUGGAAAGUCUACCUUCCACCAUGUAUAAGUCUGCUAGGUAUUCCCAAACUUUAUUUUUUAGAUCCUCCUGAAAAGAUAACUACUGGCAAUGGCUGUUACCUUGGAAAGUGCUGCCCAAUCUCUUUUCCUGUAGAUGUUGUUAAACAAGUUUAAUGGACGACUUUUGACCAUUAUAGCUGCUUCCUGCAUUUGGUCAUAGUUGCUCCUUUAUUUGAUUUCUGUCAAAGGUUGCUCUAGUAUAAAAUCAGACACAUACAGAACAAUUUACCCUUAUGAGUCAUAGUCUUUCAAACAGCAAAUUAAUUCACAACAUUUUUACGCUAUAAAUGUAGAAUGGCAUCUUCCAAGCUGCGCUGAUCUGAUUCGUCUCGCAGGGCAUUCAUGAUGUUCUCAGUUUCAAAGUUUCCAGACUGAGAACAGAAGCAGUUAGCCCUAUGGACAAGGAAAGGUCACACUUGUGCAAAUGAAGAAUGUCAAAGCAUGAUAAAGGUUGUUUAAAACUCAA